AUGUCAACAUCUACAAAGACGUACUCAAAGUCCAUUCCUAAUGCACCGGAGGACAACCGACCUAUUGAGGUGAGAAGUAAUCUCGAAUAUGGGAAACAACUGUCAAAUGAGUAUUUGUAUGUUUCAAAACACCCUGUUGGAGAACCUCUACCCACCCCAAUUGAUGAUGACCCACCAUAUCCUAUUUACUUAUUAACUUAUUUGAACUACCUCAUUUUGAUUAUUAUUGGACACAUUAGAGACUUUUUUGGAAAAAUAUUCAAGCCACAAGAGUACAAGCACUUGGUGGAAAAGGAUGGAUAUGCACCAUGGUAUGAUGGCUUUGAAAGUUUUUAUGUUCGUAGGUUGAAAACAAGAAUUGAUGAUUGUUUUGCUAGACCGAUCUAUGGAGCUCCCGGAAGAUACAUCAAAUGUUUCAACAGGAUAAGAGAUGGAAAAACUGGGUAUUUGUAUGAUGGAACUUCAAAAGAAUGUCUUAACUUGUCUUCGUACAACUACCUUGGGUUUGCUCAAUCAAGUGGAGUAUGUACUGAUUUUGCAUUGAAAUGUGUCGAUGAAUAUGGUACCUCGGGGUGUUCACCAAGGUUGUAUUGUGGAACUACUGAUUUACACCGUGAAUGUGAACGAGUGAUUGCUGAUUUUGUUGGAAAAGAGGAUGCUAUCAUCGUAAGUCAGGGUUAUGGAACGAAUGCAACUUUUUUUGCCUCAGUGGCUGAUUCCAAGACUUUGAUCAUAUCAGAUGAAUUGAACCACGCAUCAAUCAGAUUUGGUAUAAGAAUCUCUGGGGCAAUUGUCAAAGUUUACAAGCACAACGAUAUGAAAGAUUUGGAACAAGUUAUUCGCACUCAAAUAGCUCAAGGACAACCAAAGACCCACAGACCUUGGAAAAAAAUCAUUAUUGCUGUGGAAGGGUUAUACUCCAUGGAGGGUAACAUGUGUAACUUGCCGGAAAUUAUAGAGCUCAAGGAUAAAUACAAAUGUUAUUUGUUUGUUGAUGAGGCACACUCUAUUGGUGCUCUUGGUCCUGAAGGCAGAGGUAUUUGUGACUACUUUUCAGUCGAUCCAGCAAGGGUUGAUAUUUUGAUGGGUACUUUGACCAAGUCCUUUGGCGCUACCGGUGGCUAUAUCGCUGGUGAUAGAGUGUUGAUUGAUAGAAUGAGAUUAGACUAUCAAACCAAUUCCUAUAGUGAGUCUGUUCCUCCUCCUGUGCUAGGACAAAUCAUUUCAUCAUUGAAUGUUAUAAGGGGCACACUCAAUCCCGGUGAAGGACAGGAAAGAUUACAAAGAAUUGCAUUCAACUCGCGGUACUUGAGAUUGGGGUUGAAAAAGUUGGGAUAUAUUGUUUAUGGUGCUGAUGAUUCACCCGUGAUUCCAGUGUUGUUGUUUUUACCUUCCAAAAUGCCAGCGAUUUCAAGGAUGUUGUAUGAUUUGGGAAUUGCAGUGGUGGUGGUUAGCUACCCUGCAACGCCUUUGGCCAGUGCAAGAGUAAGGUUGUGUGUUUCUUCAGCAUUAACGAAAGAAGAUUUGGAUUACGUGCUUGAAAAGUUUAGUCAAAUUGGCGACUUGCUAUACUUAAAAUUUAGUAGUGGUAUUGCCGGGGGUUGCAAAGUACCUGGACAACCACCACGUUGGUCCAUCGAAGAUGUCCUAGCAACCAAUGUCGAGGAUAGUAAAAGACCCAAAUUAUUGUAA